UUGGGAUUUGGCCAUGGGAUGGGAUGGGACUAAGCUUUUCUCCUCAUCACCUGAUCAGCACCUCCCUACUCCCCUUGCAUUCCGCGUACUAGUGGCUCGUCUCGCUAUUUCCCAUCAUUAGCAUCCUUGCUACUUUUCCGCUUGACCCUUUUGCCUAGUUUUCGUCCCUUAGGGUUUCGAGUCGGGUUUUGAUCCACGGGCCGUAGGCGCCGGGCCGUCAUCAGCGAGCCGUCAUGCCUCCCGCUGUGGUCGAUAAGGAGGCGAAGGAGGCUCUGGCGAAGGAUGCGCUGGCGAAGUUCGUGAAGAUUGGGCUGGACGAAAAGACCGCUCAGAAUGCUGUCGCGAAUGCGAAGGUUACCGCGAACCUCGUCGAAGUGAUCAAAGAGGCCCAGCUGGAAGACGGUUGCGACAAGGCGAUUGGUAACCUGGUGUACACGGUGGCCACCAAGUUCCCGGCCAACGCUCGCGUCCAUCGCCCCACCCUGCUGUCUUAUGUCACCUCCCAGAGGAUCAAAACGGUCCCGCAGCUGGAAGCAGCCCAUGCAUACCUGGCGACUGUGGGGCAGGAGCCGCUCAACACUGCUGAGCUGGAGGCGAAGAGUGGCGUCGGAGUGGAGGUGACGCUGGAGGAUAUCAAGUCAGCGGUCACCGAGGCUGUUUCAGCAGUCAAAGAAAAGCUGGUGGAGGAAAGAUACCGCUUCAAUUUGGGUCUCAUUCUGGCCAAGGUUCGCUCGCUGCAGCCAUGGGCGGACGGCAAGCUCGCCAAGGAGGAGGUGGACGCACAGGUCUUGUCUCUGCUGGGGCCCAAGACAGAGGCGGAUGACGCCAAACCGUUAAAGAAAAAGAAGGAGAAGAAGCCCAAGGGGGAGGACUCUGCUGCUCCUGCUGCUGCUGCAGGGGCAGGGGAUAAAGCAGCGGGUGGUGCCGGGGCAGGGGGACUGGAAGGGAUGGUGGAGGAAUCGGACCCGUAUGCCAUCUUCCCCAACCCGCAGGAUAACAAUAUUGUUCACACGGAGGUGUUCUUCAGCGACGGAACGACGUGGCGCCCCAAGAACAGCCGGGAGGCGCUGGAGAAGCACCUGGCAGUCACGGGGGGCAAGGUCUGGUCGCGCUUCCCCCCGGAACCCAACGGCUACCUGCACAUUGGACAUGCCAAGGCGAUGUAUGUUGACUUCGGACUGGCGAAGGACAGAGACGGCAACUGCUAUUUGCGCUAUGACGACACCAAUCCCGAGGCAGAGAAGCAGGAGUACAUCGACCACAUCGAGGAGAUUGUAGCAUGGCUGGGUUGGAAGCCGUUCAAGAUCACCUACAGCAGCGACUACUUUCAGGAGCUCUAUGACCUGGCAGUGCUCUUAAUCAAGAGGGGAUAUGCCUACGUGGACCACCAGACGGCGGAGGAGAUCAAGGAGCACCGCGAGAAGCACCUGGAGAGCCCGUGGAGGAACCGGCCGAUGGAGGAGUCCCUGCAGCUGUUUGAGGACAUGCGCAGGGGGCUCGUGGACGAAGGGGCUGCCACGCUUAGGAUGAAGCAGGACAUGCGGAACGAGAACCCCAACAUGUGGGAUCUCAUUGCUUACCGCAUCAAGUUCACCCCGCACCCCCAUGUGGGCGACAAGUGGUGCAUCUACCCCAGCUACGACUACACUCACUGCAUCAUCGACUCCCUCGAGAACAUCACGCACUCUCUUUGCACGCUGGAGUUUGAGACUCGGAGGGCGUCCUACUACUGGCUGCUGGAGGCACUGGGUCUGUACCAUCCGUAUGUGUGGGAGUAUGCGCGGCUCAACAUCACCCAUACCAUGCUGUCCAAGAGAAAGCUCAACCGGCUGGUGAUGGAUCACCAUGUGAACGGGUGGGACGACCCUCGCCUCAUGACCCUGUCAGGGCUGAGGCGGAGGGGCGCUGACCCUGCUGCCAUCAACGCCUUCUGCAGAGCCGUGGGCAUCACGAGGAACGAGAACGUGAUUCGAGUGGAGCUAUUAGAGCACUUCAUGCGGGACCAUCUGAACCGCACUGCACCGCGCUCGCUGGUGGUGCUGAAGCCGCUCAAGGUGGUGAUCACCAAUGUGGGCGAGGAGGAGGUUGAGAUGGUGGAGGGCAAGCGAUGGCCCGAUGCUAAGGAGGGCGACCUAGAGGCCACUUACAAGCUGCCCUUCUCGCGAGUGGUGUACAUCGAGCAGUCGGACUUCCGAGAGAAGGACAGCAAGGACUACUACGGACUCGCCCCCAACAAAUCGGUCAUGCUCAGGUACGCCUAUCCUAUAAAGUGCACUGAGGUGAUCUAUGAGGAGGAUGGCACGACGGUCAAGGAGCUUCGGGCCGAGUGUGACCGAGCCAAGAGCACCAAGCCUAAGGGUGUGAUCCACUGGGUGGCGGAGCCCAAGCCCGGCCAGGCCCCCCUUACAGUCACAAUCCGCCUGAUCAACAAGCUCUUCCUCUCUGAGAACCCCAACGAGCUGGAUGACUGGCUGGGGGACCUCAACCCCGAGUCUAUGGAAGUGAUCGAAGGAGCGCUGGCAGAGCCGACCCUUGCAGGGAAGCCCGCUGGCAGCACGUUCCAGUUUGAGAGGCUGGGAUAUUUCUGUGUUGACACCGAUUCGACGGACAAUCACCUGGUCUUUAAUCGCACGGUUACACUCAAGGAGUCGUAUCCAAAGUUUGGGGCCAAAUAAGCUAGUUGCAUCAAGAUGGUAGUUUGGAAAUUGACAGCGCGCUAGCUUAUGAUGUUAUAUUGAGCAUCCCAGUAAAUGAAGCUCUGGAGACCUUGGAUCCACUAAGAGUGCGAUUGUUGAACCUGUGCAUUGCAAACAAACAAGUGGAAGGGGA